AACAUUUUCAUUGAAUUCAGAAGCUUUUCGUGUUCCCCACUACACCACCCUCAUUAAAGCCCAUCUGGGUUUCUUCUCUACUGCUCCUUUCUCCAUCCUUCUCUCUCUCUCUCCAUCUCUCUCAUUGAUUCAUUUCAUUUCUCUACCAAAAAUUUUCUUCAUCAAUUGAAAGUGGGUUUUCUCUUUAAUUCACUCAUCCUCUGCUAUUACAUCUUCCGAACAACAACAUUUAUGCCAGCACCAUUGUUUCAAUCUUUUCUACUAUAUCUGUCUCUGAUUUUGUAUAUAUUCAAGAUCUGAGCAAAACCAUUUAUUUGCGUUUUCUUUGAAUUUUUUUUUUUUUUUUUUUUGGUCAUGGCAGCUCUUCCUCCAAUCACAAGUACUGGCAGCUCGAUCUUUCAGCCUACCAUGCAUUCCUCGGACACCAGUUUCCCCAUUAUAGCCAUUGCCGUGAUAGGAAUCCUGGCGACGGCUUUCUUGCUUGUUAGCUACUACGUCUUUGUCAUCAAAUGCUGCCUCAGUUGGCAUCGUAUUGAUCUUCUCCGACGGUUUUCGUUGUCAAGACGCCGGGAAGAGCCUUUGAUGGUCUACUCUCCGGGAAUAGAGACCCGAGGACUCGACGAGUCUGUAAUCCGAUCAAUCCCAAUAAUGCAGUUCAAGAAAGAAGGAAACAGAGACUUUGGAGAACGAAGCUUUUGCGAAUGCGCAGUUUGCUUGAACGAAUUUCAAGAGGACGAGAAGCUAAGAAUAAUACCAAGCUGCAGCCAUGUAUUUCACAUCGAUUGCAUCGACGUUUGGCUUCAAAGCAAUGCUAAUUGCCCACUUUGCAGAACAAGCAUUUCUGCAAUUUCCCGGUUCCAAUUUACCGAUCUAGUGCUUGCUCCAAGCUCCACCCCUGAAGAUCCGACGCCGUAUACGGACAAUCUCAUUGGCGGCGAUGAAGACUUCGUGGUGAUUGAAUUGGGCAACGAUAUUUAUUCUCCCAAUCAAACAUUGCUGGGAUUAACGCAACAGAGAUCGGUAAAUUCAAGAGAAACAUCGACGCGUUCCAUUAGUCCUUCGCCAAGGAAGUUUGAGCAGAGAAUUGUGCAUAAGAAAUCGAGGAAGUUUGAGAAAGUUACAAGCAUGGGCGAUGAAUGCAUUGAUACAAGAGGCAAAGAUGAUCAGUUUGCAAUCCAACCCAUCAGGAGAUCGUUCUCAAUGGACUCCUCCACAGACCGGCAGCUCUAUUUAGCAAUUCAAGAGGCUUUGAGACAAAACAGGCAAGUCAGUGAAACCAGUCCCAUUGAAGGCUGCAGUAGUAGAGUUCGAAGAUCAUUUUUCUCCUUUGGCCAUGGCAGUAGAUCCAGAAGUUCCAUUCUCCCAGUUUCUUUAGAAUCAUAGAUAGAACCUUUUUGCUUUUUGUAUUUUUUUGGCAUUUCAUUAGUGUAUGUUUUUGUGAUUUAGAGAUUUCGGAUGUAUUAUUGAGAGAAUAUAGGAAUUUUUUUUUUAAAUAGAA